AUGUCUGAUUCUCCUAUCCUGAUUAUCGGUGCAGGUAUCAGUGGCCUUGUACUGGCCCAAUACCUGCAGCGCCAAGAUAUUCCGUUCAGGAUCUUCGAUCGAGACUCCGCAAUCAAUGCCCGCAGUGGUGGGUGGGGCCUGACGCUGCACUGGUCGCUCCCCGCCCUACGUGAGUUGCUGCCAGAGCACAUCGUCGAGCGUUUACCUGAAACGUUUGUCAACAAAGAAGCAUCCGGACGAGGCGACACCGGUCGCUUCCAAUUUUUUGAUCUCAAGUCCGGAGAUGCGUUAUACAGUAUUCCCGCCGCGGAACGGAUUCGCGUCAGUCGAGUUCGCUUACGAGAGUUGCUGACAACUGGCGUGGAUGUUCAAUGGGACAGAAACUUUAGAGAUAUCGAGUCUAUAGCAGAUCAGAUCACUGCGCACUUCGAGGAUGGCACAUCGUACACCGGUCGGCUACUGGUGGCAUGUGAUGGUUCACGGUCGCGCACACGCGAGAUCCUCUACCCAGGUGUACAGAUGAACCAGCUACCAGUGCAACUUCUAGGUGCCUCGACACUGUACAGCGCAGAGGAGCUGGGCGGCAUCGAGUUAAUCGACCCGUUCAUCUUUCAGGGCUCGCAUCCUGAGUCCAACGUCUUCCUAUUCUUCAGUUGUGAGUCGGUCAAAUCCUCAUUUAUCUUCUGUGGCUUACUGAUAGCUUUAGUCCUGGAUACCCCAAAUAACUUCGAGAACAGCAGCAAGGAUCGUUACCACUGUCAAAUCAUUACCUCCUGGGCAGAUUCGAAGCAAAUACCCGUCCCGGACGCGAACGCCGAGCGCAUCGCACUGAUAAAGAAGGUGACUGAUGGUUGGUCGGAACCAUUCCGAUCGCUCAUACACAAGCUUCCCGACGAUGUGGAAGUACGCUCGAUUCGCAUCGAAGACUGGAUGUUCAGCCUGGGCAGGGCGCACGCGCAUCCCCGGGCGGUGUUGAUGGGCGAUUCAGCUCACACAAUGACUAUGUUUCGCGGAGAAGGUGCCAACAAUGCGAUCGUCGAUGUGUUAGAUCUCGUGACGCGUAUCGAUAUGUGUCAGCCAAGGUACAAAUCCAGCCACUUCGGACUGUCUUUGAUCAGGCUGAAACUAAUACAUGCUCUCUCAAUCACCAGGUCAUUCGAUUCCGAAGCCUUGAAAUCCUCCCUCGCAGCAUACGAAAACGCUGUCUUUGCACGGGCUGAGCCUAGCUUCCUGAACUCUAGACAGGCAUGUUUAGAUGCUCACGAUUUUUCCAGAAUUGAAGGAAGUCCACUGGUUGGGUUGCGGGAUUUCAAGAAAUCUGGCUGA